AGUAGCUCGUCUAGUUCAUCCAGUUCAUCUGUUAAGGAUAACAUUGAUGUGGCUAACAACGAACCAGGACCUUCUUUGGAUACGAGUGAAAAUACUACUGAACAAGUAAUUAAUAAAAAGCAGACUAGAAAACGACAAAAAAUCCGCAGCAAUGGAAACAAGUUGUUUCUAAACGUUUAAAAAAUAGUGGCCAAGAAUACACAACAAAAAGAGGAAAAAUCGCACUAGCAAAAUCUGUACGUCCUCCAUGCAAAAGCUCGUGCCGACUAUCGUGUUCUACGGAAGUUUCUUUUGAAACGAGAAGUGUUAUUUUUAAAACCUACUGGGAAUUAGGAUCAAACCAAAGACAGAAAGACUUUCUUGCGUCAUGUAUUAAAAUACAAAAUCCUACAACCCGAAGAAUUAAGAUCGCAGCAAAUAGCACCACAUUUAAAUUACAUAGAAAACCUAACUCGACCUACCAUUUUGUAAUAAAUGGUAAAGAAAUCAGGGUUUGUAAGAUUUUUUUGUUGAACACUUUGUGUAUCGGUGAAAAAACAUUGCGGCUUGUAAUCGAUAAAUUAUCCGAUCAAACAUUGAAUAUAAUGGGUCCUGUCGAUAAUCGUGGGAAACAUAAUAAUCAUAGUAAAUUAAGUGAUACAGUCUUUGAAUCUGUCCGAGAUCAUAUAAAUUCCAUUCCUAGAACAGAGAGCCACUACUUACGGGCAAACACAACAAGAGAAUUUAUAGAUGGAAGUUUAACCAUAGCGGAGCUUCAUCGUGACUACAAACUAAUUCAAGAAGCCGCUGGAAAAGAAUUCGCAAACUAUGUUACCUACUAUCGAAUUUUCAAUAAUGAUUUUAAUCUUGGUUUGUUUAAUCCCCGCAAAGAUCAGUGCCAUGAAUGCGAGGGGUACAAAAACUCUACAGAUAAAGGACCACUAAAAGACAAAUACAAUAAACACCUAGAAGAGAAGAGUUUAAGUAGAUUAGAAUUGAAACACGACAUAGAACAAUGUAAAAGUAAUGGUUCUAAUAAUAUAGUUGCCAUUUUCGAUCUCCAAGCAGUUUUACCUUGUCCAAUUGGCCAAUCGUCAGCUUUCUUUUAUAAAUCAAAGUUGAAUUGUUACAAUUUCACGGUAUCCAAUAUAAAUGAUGAUACUACAGUUUGCUUCUUCUGGCACGAGGGUCUUGGGAAACGCGGCGCCAAUGAAAUUGGAACAUGCGUUUACAAGUUUUUGGAGGAACUGUCUAGUAAACAACCAAAUAAGGACAUAAUAUUUUAUUCCGAUAAUUGCUGUGGACAGCAAAAAAACAAAUUCGUUUUCAUAAUGUAUUAUUUUGCUGUGAACACAUUGCCUAUAAAGUCGAUCACACAUAAAUUUCUUAUUAGGGGACAUACCUAGAAUAAAGCCGAUGCUGUCCAUUCUAUAAUAGAAAAGAAUGUUAAACGUGCAAAAAAAGCUGGACCAAUAUACACUCCGGCAGAAUACAUAGGACUUAUAAAAAAUGCCAAGAAAAAGGGGGAAUCAUUUACUGUUAAAGAAAUGAAUUUCGAUUCUUUCUUUGAUAUGAAGAUGUUAUCUGAUGAUGUUAAUUUGAACGUAACCAAGGAUGUUGAUAGAAAUUCGAUUAAGAUUUUGGAAAUCAAAGCGAUCGAAUUUACUAAAGGUUCAGAGACAUACCAAUACAGGGACAGCUACAAGUCAGACAAGUGGACAGUAGCAAACAUUCGAGUAGGCCGUAUUGGUAAUAGAAAUAUAAGAGUGAAAGAUAUCAUAUUAAAACAGCUAUACAACGAAAAGUUGCCAAUCCCUAACCGAAAGAAAGAAGAUAUUCUUCAAUUGAUAUCCUCAAAUAUAGUUCCUAA